AUGUCAAUGCUUGGAGGGCACAAAGUGGUUGAAAAUUUUAAGAUUGGUCCAUCUGUGAGAACAACUUCUUCUGUUCCCCUCUCAUUCCUUGAUUUGCCUUUAGCAGGUCCUAUUUACGUGAGACGCCAAUUCUUCUACCACUUCCCUCAUUCCACACUCCAUUUCUAUGAAACCACACUUCCUUCUCUCAAAAUCUCACUCUCUCAAACCCUUCAACACUUUUUCCCUCUCGCUGGAAGCCUCCUUUGUCCUCCACCACCACACAAACCCUUCAUUCGUUGCAACGACCAUGACUUUGUCCCCUUAACUAUCAUUGAGUCCGAAGCUGAUUUCAAUCACCUCUCAUCCAACCACCCCAAAAGUCUCAAAGACUUGGAUCACUUGGUUCCGAAGUUAACAUGCACAAACAUACACGAUGACACGUUUGUUUUCCCUUUGGUGGCACUGCAAGCCACGGUUUUCCCCACUCAAGGCCUUUGCAUCGCGAUCACGUAUUGCCAUGUCAUGGAUGAUAGCUGCUGUGGCCAUUUCAUGAAGUCUUGGUCUUCCAUUUGUCGAAGUGGUGGCGUUGACUCGACUCUUUUAGAGAAGUCAAUACCUUGCUUUGAUAGGGAAGUGUUGAAGGACCCCAAAGGACUAGAAACUAUCUUCUUAAGAGACUAUUUUAAAGAGAGGUCAACAUGGAAGGAAAAACUGGUUGGGAAGACCUCUGAUGUUUCCAAUGGGUAUACUGAAGAUUAUGUCAAAGCAACGUUUGUUUUUGGAAGGGAUGAUAUCGAGGGGCUGAGAAAAUUGGUGUUGGAUCAGUGGAAGAGAAGUGAAGAAUUCAACUCCUCACAAUAUGUAUCAAAAUUUGUGGUGACGUGUGCCUUUGUGUGGGCUUGUUUGGUUAAAACAAGAUGCAGAAGUGAUUAUGAAGAACAUGACAAAGAGGAGUACUUUCGUUUCGCUGCAGAUUGCAGAGAUCGCCUUGAGCAUCCUGUGCCCGAAACAUACUUUGGAAACUGCUUGACGUUAUGUUUUGCAAUGCUCCAGAGAAAGGACAUGAAGGGAGAAGGUGGUUUUGUGAAUGCGGCGAAGGUUAUCAAAAGGGCAGUGACUGCUAUGAAAAAUGACCCGUUUAAGGAUGCAGAAAACUGGAGGGAAUCAUUUACGAAGAUGUUUUCGUUGGGAAGUACUUUGGUAGUUACUGGGUCACCCAAGUUCACUGUUUAUGAGACUGAUUUUGGAUUUGGAAAGCCUACCAAAGUGGAAAUGGUACAUUCCUUGAAGGGUCUGUCUUUAGCAGAAAGUAGAGAUAAGGAAGGAGGACUUGAAGUUGGUUUAGUGUGUAGAACAACAGAAUUUGAAUAUUUAGUUUCUGUCAUCAAGCAAGAACUUCGUGUUUCAGAAUCCUAA